AUGCUCAGAGUUUGUACAAAGAACAGCGUCGUGUUAUCAGCGCGUAAAAGAGUACUUUACCGCACUGUAAGGCUCAACACCAACUCUGCUAUUGAUCACAGCAACAAGAUAUACGCAUUACCCUUUAAACUUCCAGAAGAAAAAGUGCACCAAAUUGUCAACAUUGCCUCCUAUGUGAAUCAACAUGCAUUUUUCAGCAUUUUCAAGAUUAUCAAGAGUAUUUUCACGCAAAAGAUGCCAGAUGUCAAAGAGUCCGUGUCAUCCAUGCAAGUGAGAAAAGCAUAUAUUCCUUUUUGGUAUUACGACAUGGCCAUUUCUGCAGACGUCAAGCCAUCCAGCACUAAUUCAGCCGAGAAGGAAUCGCCUGAAGCAUUGACCAAGGCCAUGGGACCUCCUCGUCAAAUGCUGGGCAUCGGAUUUGAUUGCUACUGGCCUGGUCAUACAUGGGAUCCUGUCUCAUACUUGAGUUUUGGUCAAUCAGCAGCGACUCGUAUGGAGAAACUAGUGCCAUUUACUUCUGAUUUAUACCAGGACAAGGAUGUAGAGGUGAUUCCAUUCACAGUCAACCCCUUCAACGACAUUACAGAUCGCGCGCCUGAGGCAUUGGAAAACUUGACUGUGAAUUCAUUGACUCACAAGCACGGCAUGUACACCAUCAACAAUGCACAAGUACUCUUCAAUGCAGCUUAUCCCAUCUAUUGGCCCGUGUACAUUGCACAAUUUACUGACAAGAAGGAAACAGAGGAGCCACCAAAGACAGUUGUGAUUGGAGCACACAGCAAUGAUCCCCCCUUGUAUCAAUGGGACUCCAAGAAGACUGGGUCCGAGCAAUGGAUCAACAAUGGUCCUUGGGUAAAGCUAGAUGUGACAGAACCAGAGUGGCAAAUGGGUUUUGGCAAUCAGCCACCCCUGAGACAGCUGGUGCACCAAUUUUUGACGCAAGUGGUGGGUCAAUUCCAGACAAAUACAGUGAAUUGGAAGGACGAACGCAUUCAGGCUUAUCCCAACUACGAGAAUCAGAACAAGGAUUAUUUGAAGCAGCUAUUCAAAGUGUGGGCAGAGAGAAAUAUGCUGUCUCGCAUUGAAGGUAUGGAUGAGAACCAGAAAACCAUUGGGUUGGGAGCAGUGCCUGGUACAUCUGAAGCUGCUAGCAAAAAUCCUCGACUUCAGGUCAAGACUGUCAGCGAAAUACGUCAAGAGAUUGAGAGUCGUGUUAGUGGCGAGUUGGUUAAAUUAGAAGAGUUGGAGCCUGUGUGGUUUAAAGAGUACAACAAAAAGAAGCAAUAA